CCAUCACCUUCACUUCUUUCAUUCACCAAAGCUAAUAAGCUUCUCUAUAUUCUUUGUCUCUUUGCGUCAUAUAACCAUACAUUACACGGUUCCAAAAUGAGUACUUCAAGCAACUCAUUUGCAGCCAUUGCUGCUAUGUUUUCUCUUCUUCUACUCUCCAGCAUGCAGUGUGAUGCACAACUUUCUUCCACAUUCUAUGACCGCACUUGCCCUAAUGCUCUCACCACGAUUCGUACAAGUGUUAGACAAGCAGUGUCACGUGAACGUCGCAUGGCUGCAUCCCUCAUUCGUCUUCAUUUUCAUGAUUGCUUUGUUCAGGGUUGUGAUGCUUCUAUCUUACUUGAUGAGACCCCUACGAUUGUUAGUGAGAAGACAGCCUUGCCAAAUCUUGGGUCAGCUAGAGGCUAUGGUAUUGUAGAAGAUGCAAAAAGAGAGCUUGAGAAAGCAUGUCCAGGAAUUGUAUCAUGUGCAGACAUACUUGCAGUUGCUGCUAGAGAUGCAUCUACUCUCGUUGGAGGUCCGUCAUGGACAGUGAAACUCGGAAGAAGAGAUUCAACCACUGCAAGUCAUACUCUUGCAGAAACUGAUCUCCCCGGGCCUUUUGAUCCUCUUGAUAGGCUUAUUUCUGGCUUCGCCAACAAGGGCCUUAGCACAAGGGACAUGGUUGCUUUAUCAGGAGCACAUUCAAUUGGGCAAGCACAAUGCUUCCUUUUCCGUGAUAGGAUUUAUAGCAAUGGAACAGAUAUUGAUGCUGGAUUUGCUAGCACUAGAAGACGUCAGUGCCCUCAAGAAGACCAAAAUGGAAACCUAGCUCCACUUGAUUUGGUUACACCUAAUCAAUUGGAUAACAACUACUUCAAGAACUUGAGACAAAGAAAAGGUCUUCUUCAAUCAGAUCAAGUACUUUUGAGUGGUGGAUCCACCGAUGAUAUUGUUUCUGAAUAUAGCAAUAGCCCUCGAGCAUUUGCCUCUGAUUUUGCUGCUGCCAUGAUUAGAAUGGGAGAUAUCAGCCCAUUAACUGGUCAAAAUGGGAUCAUAAGAACUGUCUGUGGCUCCCUAAAUUAAUCUUUCAAAUAUUGCCAAGUUUAUUUAAUUUAAUUUGUAUCAUUUGAUUCUUUAUCUAUGUAAUGUUUCAAGAAUUAAUAAUGAAAUAAAAUCUUUAUUA